CAUCCCUGCAGGUCCCUGCUCCCUGGUUAUAUUAAGCAGCUCCCAAUCUUUGGCAUUUGCAGGCACACAACACAACACAGUUCUCCCUUUCCACUCCAGUCCAACCAACCGUCCAUGGGUUUCUUCAUCCCGCCGCCCAAGGUGUACAAGCCGGCGGCAGAGGUCGACCUCGGGCCGGACAGCGACGAGCACUACAUCAGCCCCAACGUGAAAGCGCCCCGCGUGGCCGGGUUCCUGGUGAAGAUGCUGGCCUGGGUGCUGGAGACGCCGGUGCUUGGCUGGAUCGUGCUCGGCGUCCUCAAGAGGGACAACCUCGUCUACAAGCUCGUCUCGGACGCUGAGAUCCCGGAGCCGCCGCUAUUCACGGCCACCCACACAUGGCAAGCGAUCCAGGAGCAGAGCGUGCGCGUGACGGAGUCGAGGCUGUCGCCGGCGGAGCGCGUGCAGGAGGCCGUCGCCUGCGUCCCAGCUGCUGCCCAGGCCCAGUUGGAGCCGGCGGCGGGGUUCAGGCGCUGGACGGUGCGGGACUUCCACAGGGCGUACAGAUCAGGACAGGCUACCCCUACCAUGGUGGCGCGGCGAUUCCUGGCAGCCGUGGAGGAAUGUUCAGGGCCGGACCUGAACAUGGGCUUCUUCAUCAGCUGCGACCCUGCGGACGUGCUGCGGCAGGCCGAGGACUCCACCCGCAGAUACCAGCAAGGGGCGCCGCUGUCCGCCAUGGACGGAGUACUGGUCGCCGUCAAGGACGAGCUCGAUUGCCUGCCGUACCCGACCAGCGGCGGCACGCGGUGGCUGGGGUCGGCGCGGCGGUGCGCGGCGGACGCGGCGUGCGUGGCGCAGCUGCGCGCGUGCGGCGCCGUGAUGGCCGGCAAGGCCAACAUGCACGAGCUGGGCGCGGGCACCAGCGGCAUCAACCCGCACCACGGCGCCACGCGCAACCCCUACAACGUGGGCAGGGUGUCGGGCGGCUCCUCGGGCGGGUCCGCCGCCGCCGUCUGCGCCGGGCUCUGCCCCGUCGCCCUCGGCGCCGACGGAGGCGGGUCCGUGCGCAUGCCGGCGGCGCUCUGCGGCGUCGUCGGGUUCAAGCCCACUGCCGGCCGCCUCUCCAACUCCGGGCUUCUUCCUCUGAACUGGACCGUCGGCAUGCCGGGGAUCCUAGCAGCGACGGUCGAGGACACGCUGAUCGCGUAUGCGGCGAUUGCUGAUCAGUCAAAACCAAGCCCUUUGCAGCAGCCUGAACUGAACCUGCCCAUGCUGACACGCACGAGGUCCAUGCCCAGCAUCAGGCUCGCCAAAUACGCAAAGUGGUUCGACGACAGCUCGGAGGACAUCAGGAGCCUCUGCGGGAAGGCGCUGCAGAUGCUGCGCACGCACUACGGCUGGGAGAGCGUGGACGUCACCGUCCCUGAGAUCGAAGAGAUGCGGCUGGCGCACUACGUGACCAUGGGCUCGGAGUGCACUGCCUCCCUCGCCGCCAAGUACCUGGACAGCAUGGACAGGUCCGAGGUCGGGUGGGACGUGCGGAUCGCGCUCAGCGCCUACGGGUCCUUCAGCAGCCGAGACUACCUCAGCGCGCAGCGUCUCCGAUGCCGGCAGAUGUACUUCCACGAGAAGAUCUUCGAGACUGCCGACGCCAUCGUCACGCCGAUGACAGGGGUGACGGCGUACGCGCUGCAGGACGACGCGCUGAGCACGGGGGAGCUGGACUACAUCAACGGAGCUGCGCUGGUGAGGUACUCGAUCGCGGGCAACUUCCUGGGGCUGCCAGCGAUCACCGUGCCCGUCGGGUAUGACAGGGGAGGGCUCCCCGUGGGGCUCCAGUUCAUCGGCCGCCCGUGGUCGGAGGCCACGCUGCUGCACCUCGCCUACGCCAUGCAGGAGGCGUGCGGGAAGAAGGUGCUCCGGAAGCCCAAGGUGCACUACGACCUCCUCACCAAAGAGUAGCUCCAGCGAGCAUCGAUCCGGCAGAUUGCUCUCUAUGAGGCGCGCGGUUGCUGAUUGCAUGCACCUCUAGUGUGAUUGAUUGUUUGUUUGAUUGAUUGAGCUUGUGAUGAGAGAGUGGGGGAAGUUGAAUGGAAUGCCGUCAAUGUCGGACAACUCUCAACUAGGAGAAGAAAAAAAAACAUGGUUGCCAGCACCAUGCAUGUGCACCACCAUUCGUUUUUUAAUGUCGUCCUCAUUGAAACAUUAUGUAAGUAUUGUGUAUACGUGUGCUUUAGAUUCGUUUUU